AUGACUUCCGAUCGAAAAGCUCUUACUUAUGGCACUGAACGCACUUCCGACACACAGGAUUACUGGUCUCCCCGUAUUGGUUUUGUACCCUUUUCGAAGGAGGAACAAGGACUGCGGCAACGAAGAACAUUACGUAUGAAUGUGAGAAAUAGUAGCGCAGCACGGGAAGAGGACGAGGCACAGGAGGGGGACGAGGCACAGGAGGAGGACGAGGCACAGCAAGAGGACGAAGCACAACAACAAGAUGAUGCACGAGAAGUAGACGAAGAGGACGAGGAACGGGAAGAGGAUGAUGCACAGUGGGAGGACGAAACACAACAACAAAAUGAUGCACAGGAAGAGGAUGCUGAGGAGAACUCAUCCCAGGAAGAAACAGAUGAAGAUGACCACGAAGAUCAGAUGUCUAGUCCGACUCCAGUGCGACAGAAGAAGUCAAAGAAUUCUGCGAGAAGACUCCCAGGUGUUGACCCUGUCAGUCAAAGAAGACAUUCAACCUAUCGCCAAUCCAAAAAACGGCCUCUUGAGGAUAUUUUCCCCCAAGGCUCUUCCUCAAAACGUUCUAAGGCAGUAACGUACAUGGACAAUGAGCUCCAAACACCUAUUAUUACCACUACACGCACGGAAGCCCCUAUCAAUCUGUUCCUUUGGGAGGAAUGGGACAUGAAAAGAUCAGCCAUGAUGAAGGAUAAUCAACACAGUGACCACUCUGUUAAAGCUGUCCGGGGACAAGACACGUUUCGGGUCAAAUUCGAUAAAAUUUGCUUGACGGUGUUAGGGAUCGCCAAUUUUUGUAGCUUUCUGGCGCUACGAGAGGUUAUGGGUCUUUUGCAGCAGGACAGAGCAGCAUGGAAUUCCGAGAUCUUCAGCAAUGAUCCUAAGGUUCUAUUGGAAGCGGUCGGCGCUUUUGAAACGGCCGGUCACCUAAACAGCUACAUACGACGAUUCACGUUGGCGCGUCCGGCCAACGUGUAUCUUGAAACAGCGGCAAACGGAGGACGCCUAACACUCGACAAUGAUCCAGCCUGUCCAUUCCCGCGGAUGGCGAUAACCAAGGCGCACAAAGCAGGGACCUACAAGGCUAUGAUACUCCAUAUAUGGGGCGUACAAUUCCAUACACAACGCAAUGGAGUCAAAUUGACAAAACGAGGCUUGAUUGACUCAUCUACCGCUGAUGCGUUGCAGUGGAACAAAUGUAAGGGCCGACUCCAUCACAAAAUCGAUGCCGGCCAACGCUGGCUGAGCCUGGCCCACAAGUUUGGCUGGUCCACUCUUAGCCUGAUUACACGAGACUGGUCCUUUGGAGAUAGUACAGUGACCGCUAGUGACCACUUAUAA